AUGGCAAACAACAGCUUGCAUCAUAUAUCUACGCACUCGUGGAAUAUCAUCGAUAAUAUUCAAAUUUUACAUGAAUGUAAGAAAGACCGAGAUGAACAUUUAGUUAAAGUUAUUACAGAAGCUCAAGUCGAAGAUGACACAAUCAAUCCUGAACUAUUUCCAAAAAAUCAAAGUUCAUACGAUGAAUACGAUGAUACAAGUGACAGCGAAGAUUUACUUGAAUUGCUCGGUAAUCUAAACGAUUCUACUACAGUUGCAAUGAACAGCAUGAAGAGAUCAACAGAAAAUGUGUAUAUAGAGGAAACUAUAGAAACCGUAGAAAAAAUGGGGCGAUUCUCUCAUACACACAUAGCAUCAAAUCAAAUUUUAAUAAAUGCAUCAUAUGCUGAUAAUUAUCAACAGAUAUUACCAUUUGUUUCUUCAACAUUUGAUCUCGUUCGACUCAAUACUAAAUGGCAAGAACAACUAGAAAUUGAAAGAGAACGAGUUAGAAGAAAUCUAAUCACUGGUAAACAUUAUAAAACAGACGAUGAGUCAAAUAAUGACGAUAUGGAAGAUACAGUCGUAACACUGAUAAAUUCAACUAGCUCAAAUAUACACAUAUCUCAUAAUUAUAACUCAAUUCUUCCAGUUGCUUCAGUUAUAAGUAUAACAUACUAUAAUCAAAAGACCAUUGCCGUUCAAUAUACACUAAACAGAGAGCAAAUAGCUGCAUUUAUGAUAAUAACAAGUCAUCUUGAUGGUGACAAACAGACACAUGCAGGCAGUAACAAUGGUCAACUCAUCAUGUGUGUACCAGGAUGUGGCGGUAGAGGAAAAUCCCAACUUAUUCGUGCUGUUACUGAAUAUUUUGUUAUUACAAGCAGAAUACAAAAGAUGCGAAAGCUGGCACCUACUGGCAUUGCAGCCGCUCAAAUUGGUGGUAUGACUAUUCAUUCAUUUUUAGGCGAACAACGCAAUUCUGGAAAGCCACGAACUAUUAAACCAGGCGACUUGAAACUUGAAAAAGAAUGGACACUUGUAGAAUAUCUUUUGAUUGAUGAAAUGAGUAUGGUUGGUUUGACUUUACUCGGCAAACUCAACCGAAUUUUUUGUGCCGCUAAACAUGUCGAUCCUCAAAUUCCAUUCGGUGGUCAAUGUAGUUAUGAAGAUUAUGAAUUAUUAUUGACGCGCGUUGUGGGACAGCCAACCGUAUCUCUUCGUGAGCCACCAUGGAAUCAAGCUCCCAUGCUUGUAUUUAGAAAUGAAAUACGAACGCAAUUGAACCACAGUUCAGCAAUUCAUAAUGCAGUAGAAGUCGGUACCAAUCUAAUGGUAUGUGUCGCUCAGGACCUUUGUAAAGGCAAGGCUGUGAAGGAGGCGGCACUUGUGAAAAAAUUAUUAGAACUAUCUGAUAGUAAGACUGAACAUUUACCGGGUUUAUUACCAUUAGUUCCUGGAAUGCCAGUUAUUAUUACACAAAAUAUUGCUAUUGAACUGGGAUUAAUUAAUGGCGUGAAUGGAAUCUUCAGACAACUAGUUUAUGAUAUUGAUUCAGUAUCAACAGGUAGUCUUUCAAAAACUUUUCCAAUGAACACCCAAUAUGUCCAUAAGCCAAUAUAUGCAUUGGUGGAAAUAGGCAAAUCAAAGAUUGAAUGCAAUCUUUAA